AUGGAGAUGUUGCUGGACUGGCGCUCUGUGGGCUCGCUGAUCGCCACGAUCAUGGUGUUCCGGACGGCCAUGCGGGACUUCAUCCCGCCGGAGGCCGAGCAGUUGCUGCGCCGCCUCCUCGCGCGGCUCGCCGCGGCGUUCAGGCCCCCGACGGCCACGAUCCUCAUCGACGAGGCCGACGGCGCCGCCAGCGGCGCCACGAACGACCUCUACGACGCCGCGCAGCUCUACCUCGGAGCGCGGUGCCUCGCCACGGCGCCGGCCGUGCGCCACUACAAGCCGCGACAGGCGAGCCGCGCCGUCGCCUCACUCCCGGACGCCCACACCACGCACGACACCUGGAAGGGCGUCACGGUAAAGUGGACCUCGACCGCGCGCCCCGCCGACCGCGGCGGCAACCCGUACAACGUCUACGGAAGCGGACGCGGCCCCUCCGGCGGCGGUGACCACCGCAGCCUCGAGCUCCAGUUCCCACUCCAGCACCGCGACUUCGUGCACGAUAGCUACAUCCCCCACGUCAUCGACGAGGCCACCAGGAUGCGGCUCACGUCGCGGGAGCGCAGGCUCUACACCAACCGCGCCGCCGCGCCCGGCGAGGACCACCACCGCCUCUGGACCUCGCACGCCUUCUCCCACCCCUCCACGUUCGACACGCUCGCCUUCGACCCGGCGCUGCGCGACGAGAUCCGCGCGGACCUGCUCCGAUUCGCGUCCCGGCGCGAGCACUACGCGCGCGUCGGCCGCGCGUGGAAGCGCGGGUACCUGCUCCACGGGCCGCCGGGCACCGGCAAGACCAGCCUCGUGGCCGCCAUCGCCAACCUCCUCGAGUUCGACGUCUACGACCUGGAGCUCACCACCGUCCCCACCAACUCCCACCUCCGCCGCCUCCUCGUCUCUACCACGCCCAAGUCCGUCGUCAUCGUCGAGGACAUCGACUGCUCCCUCGACCUCUCCGACCGCAGGAAGAAUGGUGGCGGCAGCGUCCACGAAGACAACAACAAUAACACGCAGCUGGCGAUGCUAUCCCCGGCGACCGCGUCGAUCGGGCGGGAGUCCGUAAGCCUCUCCGGCGUGCUCAACUUCGUGGACGGGCUCUGGUCGUCCUGCGUCGGCGAGCGCCUGAUGAUCUUCACCACCAACCACCCCGAGCGGCUUGACCCGGCGCUGCUCCGCCCCGGCCGCAUGGACCGCAAGAUCGAGCUCGGCUACUGCUCGCCCGCCGCGCUCCGCGUGCUCGCCAAGAACUACCUCGGCGUCGGCGAGGACCCCGACGACGACGAUCCUGACACGGUGAGCGACCUCAUGGCCCAGGCCGAGGGCCUGCUCGCGGCCGACGUGCGCAUCACGCCGGCCGACAUCGGAGAAGUGUUCAUGGGCUGCGACGGCGCAGGCGCCUCCGCAGCCUUGAGUAAGCUAGUCGGCGAGUUGCGUCGCAGGAGAGAUUACGCACCGGCCGUAGACGCGCCGCAGCCGAGUGCAUUGACAGCGGAGACGAUGGAGUAAGGAAUGCAGAGAGCAAGAUUGACCUGAACGUGGCUUGUUGCAGAAAUGCCUGGGAUUUACUUCGUAGUAA